AUGAACCAGGCCUUUUGGAAAACCUACAAGUCCAAAGUGCUCCAGACCCUGAGCGGGGAAUCUGAGGAAGGCCUGGCAGAGGAGAGGGAGAACCCAGCUUUCGUGGAGUCUGAGACUGCAGAGCCCACCGGGGAGGCCUUCAGCCCUGUGACACAGUUGGCCCGCAGGGUUCAGGGGGUCGGGGUGAAAGGCUGGCUGACAAUGUCGUCUCUGUUCAACAAAGAAGAUGAGGACAAGCUGCUGCCCGCGGAGCCCUGUGCGGACCAGUAUGUGUGUGUUCGCGUUCGGGGGCGGCUCUGGAAGGGGCCGGGACCCCUUCUGCCAGGUCCUUUCCAUCGGCUCUGGUUGUCCUUCCGACCGCGGCGGCGGCGGAGGCGGAGCCGCGCGGAGCCGGAUUCCGGGACACGGUCGCCAGGCGGCGGCAGCACCGCGGAGGAGGCCGCAGAGCGCCCCGAGCCGCCGGAGGCUGACCCCGCCGCCGGCUUCAAGUGGGGCUUCCUCACCCACAAACUGGCCGAGAUGAGGGUGAAGGCUGCGCCCAAGGGCGACUAG